ACCCCAGCUUCUGAUUCAUCUGCUAAAAGUAAAAGGAAGUAAGAUGUCGAUUAUUACGAAGAAGGAUGUUUCUGUGUACACAAUACACAUGCUUGCCAACUGUUGUGUGUACGUGUGUUUACUUCUCUUUUCCCCGCCUUUAAGCACUUAAAAUUUUUAACUUCUUCCUGGAGUGGAGAGGAUGCAGGGGGCGGAGACACAACCAGUUCGCCUUUCUCCCAGACAGGCAAUCAGUGCGCAAGAGCUGUCUUGUCCCCGCCCCCUGGGCCGGUCCUGCCAGAGCUGCUUUGUGUGAAGCAUGCAGGGUGCCGCUGUCCUCCUCCCUUUUGCUUUUAAUGGCUGUCAGAGACGCCGAAUAGAGGGAAAGCAGCUAGAAAGGGGCUCCGUUUGAUUAGAAAGCAGCGGAAAAGAAAACACUGCACACACCAUGAUGCCAGGACAUGCUAGAAACCCACACAGUGUUCAGGUCAGGAAUACUCAUGAACUUUACUAUCUGAGGACACAGAAAGCACAGCAGAAGAUGGAGCGAUCGGAGAAGAGGUUGAAGGAACGACUACGUGUGUGCGUGGCCACCUGUAACAGAGCGGACUACUCUAAACUCGCACCCAUCAUGUUCGGCAUCAAGUCUCACCCUGAAAUCUUUGACCUGGAGGUGGUGGUGCUGGGUUCACAUCUCAUUGAUGAUUACGGAAACACGUUUCGUAUGAUUGAACAGGAUGAGUUCGAUAUCAGCUCUAAGUUGCACACCAUUGUUCGUGGUGAGGACGAAGCUGCUAUGGUGGAGUCUGUGGGUCUCGCGCUCGUGAAGCUUCCCGACGUGCUCCAGCGUCUCGCCCCUGACAUUCUGCUCGUUCACGGUGACCGUUUUGACGCUCUGGCCUUGGCGACGGCAGCGGCUCUAAUGAACAUUCGCAUUUUGCACCUGGAAGGUGGAGAAGUGAGCGGCACCAUUGAUGAUUCCAUUCGUCACGCCAUCUCCAAACUGGCACACUACCACGCCGUCUGCACGCGCUCGGCAGAGAGACACCUCAUCUCUAUGUGCGAAGACCACUCUCACAUUUUAUUGGCUGGCUGCCCGUCAUACGACAAGCUGCUUUCCGCCCACGAACGAGACGAUUAUACUGAUAUCAUCAAGUCGUGGCUUGGGGAUGAUGUGAAGGAACAGGACUAUAUUGUAGCUCUGCAGCAUCCUGUUACCACAGACAUCAAGAAUUCCAUUAAGAUCUAUGAGUUAAUGCUGGACGCCCUCAUCUCCUUCAACAAGAGAACUCUCGUUCUCUUCCCGAAUAUUGAUGCAGGAAGUAAGGAGAUGGUUCGUGUGAUGAGGCGGAAGGGAAUCGAACAGCAUCCGAACUUCCGUGCGGUGAAGCAUGUUCCGUUCGAUCAGUUCAUCCAGCUGGUGGCACACGCCGGCUGCAUGAUUGGGAACAGCAGCUGUGGAGUUCGUGAGGCCGGAGCGUUCGGAACACCUGUCAUUAACCUGGGGAGUCGCCAGACAGGCCGAGAAACAGGGGAAAAUGUUCUACACGUGCGAGAUGCAGACACGCAUAAUAAAAUAUACCAUGCUCUGGAGCUGCAGUUUGGAAAACGCUACCCCUGCUCCAAGAUCUACGGUGAUGGAAAUGCGGUCCAGCGUAUCUUGAAGUUCAUGCAGUCCAUUGACCUUUCUGAGCCACUACAGAAAAAGUUCUGUUUCCCACCGGUGAAGGAAUGCUUCUCUCAAGAUAUCGACCACAUUUUGGAGACCCAGAGUGCUCUUGCUGUAGAUUUGGGGGGGACCAACCUUCGUGUCGCCAUCGUCAGUAUGAAGGGUAAAGUGGUUAAGAAAUAUGUCCAGUUGAAUCCUAAGACGUUUGAGGAGAGGAUAGAGCUGAUACUGACCAUGUGCAAACAGGCCAUGGCUGACGCCGUUCACCUCAACUGCAGAAUCCUGGGUGUCGGUGUGAGCACAGGGGGGCGAGUGAACCCACAAGAUGGGAUAGUCCUCCACUCCACUAAGCUAAUCAACGAGUGGAGUUCGGUGGACAUCCGUACACCUCUUUCUAGUGCACUUCAUCUCCCCGUGUGGGUCGAUAAUGAUGGCAACUGUGCCGCCCUUGCUGAGAGGAAGUUUGGUCAUGGGAAAGGCAUGGAGAACUUUGUCACCAUUAUCACUGGAACCGGAAUCGGAGGUGGUAUAAUCCAGCAUAAUGAACUGAUCCAUGGCAGCACGUUUUGUGCGGCAGAACUGGGACACAUCGUGGUCUCGUUGGAAGGACCAGAGUGCAUGUGUGGCAGCCACGGCUGCAUAGAGGCCUACUCAUCAGGUCUCGCCCUGCAGAGAGAAGCCAAGAGACUCCAUGACGAGGACUUGCUGUUGGUGGAAGGAAUGACUCUGAAUAACAAAGAACAGGUGAAUGCUAUUCAUCUCAUCAACGCUGCACACCUUGGCAACUCCAAAGCCGAGAGUGUUCUUCACACCGCGGGAACUGCCCUGGGUUUGGGCAUCGUGAACAUCCUGCACAUGAUCAACCCGUCUCUGGUGAUCCUGUCUGGUGUCCUGGCGGCGCACUAUGAGAAUCCCGUUCGUCAGGUGAUCAGCCAGCGUGCUCUCCUCUCGGCGCAGGGGACCAAGGUCAUGGUGUCUGAGCUCGAGGAUCCUGCGCUGCUGGGUGCCGCCAGCAUGGUACUGGACUAUACCACCCGCCGCACCUACUGAAAGAGCUCGAAGACCAGGAACCAAUCAGUUACAGACUUAAAGACCGAGGGCCAAUCAUGUGCUAUGUCCUUGUUAGGAUCAAAGUGGCUUCGAAGCCUGACCUAAACACUUUUAUUCAUCUACUUUGUACUAUAGUCACAUAUAGGUGCUAUAUUAUUUGGGAUCAAUUGCCUAAUGAAAGAUUUUUUAAUUUUGAAGAAUGGUUAAAGUAUUUGAAGGAUGGUUUUAUUUAAUAUUUGUACAGUGGAACUAAGGGGUAUUUGUUACAGAGAGGCUGCUAUAAAAAUCUGCUGUGGUUUGUCACCCAUUCUGUCUAUAUUGCUUUCUAUUGUUUGUAUUUUUUAUUGGAGGCAGUCGCGUUCUCCUUUUGCGCCUUAUGCUGAUCGUUGCCAAGCCUUUAUUGUGUUUUCAGCACCAUAUGUUUCAAUGUAUUCGUUCACUCAGCCUGUAUGAAUGAAUGAAAAAUGUUUGUCCAGUAUGUCUAAAGUAAUUUAAUAUUUAAUUUGAAUCACAGAACCUGUAGAAUUGUUUACCUAUUAUGUACAUUAAAAAUUAUUGAA